UACAUGAAACGGUCUUUGGACAUAUUUCGGCCUCUGGUGGUCGCAAGUCACAGGAAGGCAGUAGACGGCAAAAAGUUAUGUCUCAAACGGAAAAAAACAUAGUUUUCAGUCGAGUGCACUCGGGGUUCGCUGAACAUAUUUAAUGAUCAUCCGUACAUAAAGAGGAAUGAUUUAUUCCUGCUUUUAUAUCUGCUGUCAAACGUCGCGCGCUUGAAUUGGUCUCCACUUCCGCGUACAAUGUUUUUUUCCAACGGCAUACGACAACUUUAGAACAGGAAGCCUUCAGAGGCGCUUGUCACUUCGUCUCACCUUUUAGGAGGAGCUCGGUUAACUGGUGUUGGUGCGACCUACGAAAGCAUGGAUUACGAAGACGCCCAUAAUGGGCGCAUGCCGUCAGGUGCUCAGAGUUCAAAUCCAGCCAUGAACAUAAUUGGAGCAGAGGAUGAAGACUUUGAGAAUGACGAGCAACCUAUGGUGGAUGAUCAGUGCAGUCACUUUAACAGUAUUGAGCUGUUGAAGUCCAGGCCCACCCACCUACUGGUCUUCAUUCAUCAUGUCAUGUUACAGUUUGACUGUGCUCCUGUGCUAUGCUACCUUCAUGCUGACCUCUUCAAGAACUUCAAUGCCAAAGACACCAAGAAGCACUUUGGGGAAUUCUACAACACUUACCUGGAAAAAGGAGCGAUUCUCAAAGUAACUGUGCCAAAUAACAUAGCCUCUGAACUGGACCGCAUGCGUCCAGAAAUGAUCAGUGAAGAACAACAAAAACGCUAUGCUUAUGAAAUACAGUUCAUGCAGAGUCCACAGAUUCUGCGGCAGCUGGACGACUUCAGGCAAAAGAGGAUGAUGGGAAUGACUCCCAAUGAGCAUGAACUAAAUGACGUGGAAUCCCAUCGUCCAACCGACCGCAUCCCCAUGGAGAUGAAGGAGAAGGCAGUAGCUGAAUCCAUGCUGGAAAAGAUGGUAGAGGCCAACCCCUCAAUUGUUGCCGACAAGGACAAAAGUAACUGCGUCUUUGGAGCAGUUGCCUUUUAUAUGAAGCACCUUGGUGUCAAGACCAGAGCACUUGACAACAAGAAGACUAAGUCAGGAUGGCGGCCCUCUGUCCCUUCCGUGCUGAAGCCAUGGGGAACCAACAAACCCAACAAACCCGACAAAAAACCGCCUCCAUUCCAUGAUGGUAAGCAAACUAGAUUGGACUUUGAAGUAAAGCCAACCAAACCAAAUGUCCCACCUCAUCGAGAGUCCAUAAGCGAUAGCGCCGCCACUUCAGGGCGGAAACCUGGUGUGGUGGGGUCAGGUAGCACGCAUGGCUCGGAGAGCAGUGAAGAGUUGACUCCUAGUCCCGACUCUCAGAGUGACACAGUAGGUGUCAACAACAAUCGCUCAGACCCCAAACCAGUAUCAGAAGGUGGAGAUGUAUCUCCUGUCAGUCUGUCCAUCUGUGAACCUCUCCCUGUCAUUGACAUGCUUCCAGAUGACAGUCAGGACAGUGGCAGAAAGAAGACAAGGAAUGUGCGCCGCAGCGAGAGCCUUUGCGUGGAGCGCCGUCACUCUCGCCGUAGUGGCUCUACCCGGGCCAAGCAGUCUCGCUCCCGUAGCGACGUGGACCUGCAGUCAACCUCUACCUCUCACCCCCUCUCACCCUCCCCACAGCAUUCAGUCUCUGCGGAAGGUGGAUUGUUGCCUGACGGCCUCGUCACUGGUCCUGCUUUUGGCCCCUUCCCUCAGCAGGAGGAAAUGGAGCCCCGUCUCCUGGAGCUCGAGCAGGACCCGCCCAACUGGAGGGGCCUUGCUUCUCCCGAGGACCUGAAAAAACUGAGCAAGAAGGAAAUCAAAAGACAAGAAGUCAUCAAUGAGCUGUUUACGACAGAGCACGCUCAUGUCCGUAUGCUGAGUGUAUUGCAGACUGUGUUUUCUCGUCCGCUGGAGAGGGAAGAGAUUAUGAGCAUGACUGAGCUGGCCACCAUCUUCCCCAGCCUUGAUGAGAUCAUAGAGAUGCACUAUGCUUUCUAUGAGAACCUGAAAAAAAUGCGUCAGGAGGAUAAGUACAUUGUCAAAUUCAUAAGCACGCCACUUCUCAACAGGUUCAGUGGAUCAGAAGGAGAAUGGUUUCAGAAGCUCACCGCACGCUUCUGUAGCUACCAGUCCUGGGCUCUGGAGCAGAUAAAGAGCAGACAGAAGAAGGAUCCCCGUUUUAAUGCUUUCAUACUGGAGGCAGAGAGUAAGCCACAAUGUCGGAGGCUACAGCUAAAGGAUAUCAUUCCCACCGAGAUGCAAAGACUAACCAAAUAUCCUCUUCUGCUGGAAAACAUUGCCAAGAACACAGAUGAUAAAGCAGAAAAAGAGAACAUUAACCAAGCAGCAGAAUCCUGCCGUAAGAUCCUCAACCAUGUCAAUGAAGAAGUCAAACUCAUGGAGAACCUGCUGAUUUUGAAAGACUACCAGCGCCGGCUGGACACCUCAGGACUGAAACCGAGCAAUGACCUCUACAGUGAGUACAAGAACAUUGAUCUGACCACCAGAAAGAUGCUGUUUGAAGGACCUCUGACAUGGAGGGUGACCAAGGAGAAAGCGAUCGAUGUGCACUGUGUUUUGCUGUCAGACCUGCUGGUCUUGCUUCAGAAGCAGGAUGAUAAGAUGGUUUUGAAGUGUCAGAGCAAAAGCAACAUCGCCGUUCAGGAAGGCAAACAGAUGCUGAGUCCAAUCAUCAAACUAGAAUCUGUUUUUCUCAGAGACGUGGCCACUGACCCAAAGGCCCUCUACGUCAUCUUCACCUGGGACAGCGGAGCACAGAUCUAUGAACUAGUGGCUCAGACCGUCGGGGAGAAGAAAAAUUGGACAGAGGUGAUUAAAUCUACAGUUGACGAGUUGAAGAAAAGGGGCGGGAAUAAGCUGAAAAGAGACAGAGGUGGCAGCAUGCCUAGCAGCGCCAGUGGACCUGCAUACGGCCCUUUGCAGCCCCCACUUAGCCCCACUGAGAACGGAGGAGACCUGUUGAAAAGUCGCGGUGGGCGAUUUAAAGACAGUCUUACUGAUGAGAAGAGUAGAGAAACUGAUUCUUCACUCAUAGACUACCUAGCGGCCAAUGGUUUUGACCUGCUCAGCCAUAGCCACGCUCCUCCAGAGAAGUCUGCUAUUGGUGCUUUGGAUGAAGUCAUGUAUUUGAAGAGGCUAUUGGUCGGGAGUAUUAGUCUGUCAGAUGACUCUCAGACUCUUGGGGAAAAUGGAGGGAUGGCCCCUGAAAGCCAGGAGGCAGAUGGAGUGGAGGAAUCCAGCACAGAAGGUAGAACUGAAGGAGAAGAGAGUGGGGGAGAUGGAGGGAAUAAAGGAGAAGAGGAAAGAGAGAUCAGCGCUCCUCUAGUGCUUUCUCAGGAACGCUUGGAGGAGGUGCAGAAGAGACUGCAGACACUUGGGGAGCAAUUGAAGAGACUGCAGGCUGUCGAGGAGGACCAUUAUAAGUUGCAAGAAGCUCUUGCUAAAUAUUCACUUCAGGGGGGCCACUACAACUGAGAAACAUCACAACCUGCUGUUACAAGAUCACUGCAUGUGCUGGACUCGAGACUUGUUUUCGAGGGAUUCGCUGAUUGACUAAUUCUGCCUGAAUGUUCCUGCUCUAUCUCUUCUCUCUUCUCAACUGUCCUUUCUGAAGAUUGUCAGCAGGCCUCCAGCACUUUCCAUGCCACUGAGAAAUGAAAUGAAGUGGGUGUUGUGAAAUUAUAGUGAUCCUUAACCUUGAAUGAGUGCGUAUGUGUUUCUGUUGAGAAGUAUGAGAGACAGUCUUGCCAAAAGAUGCCAAAGAAAUGUGCAACACCUAGAGAGAUUCCAGAGCGAAAUGCUACGAGUGCAUGUGAAAGCACUGUAACAUACACAAACAUGUGCACACACACACACACAACGAUAAACUUGUCUAAGCAUGUCAAAAGUAAUUUAGUACCAAAAGACUAUCUAUAUUCAUAGAAAAGUAUAGUUGCAUCUUUGUCUGUUUCUCAGAAUGUACUUUAGUCAGGUCAUUUAAGCAGAAUAUGUGCCCUUUCAUUUUUUUAUUACGCAUUUCAAGAUGUUCACUCAUCCUAAUAAUUAUUACCGUACUAUAUUACAUGUAUUUUCAAAAAUAAUAGAUAUUCAAAAGGAGAUAUGUCGAUUUUUAGCAGAGUAUUGAGCCGUUGUAGCAUGCAUUGCAGUAAAAUGGAGAGUAAAACAUGGACUUUUUUUUUUUUAACCCUGUUUUGGUUUUGAUUUGUCUUCUUACCAGAAGUUCUAUUGUUGCUCUGUGAGUGAGAAAAGAAGUGCUAAGUAGGAUAGAUCAACAGAUGGAUGAGCAGAGGAAGUAGAGAGAAGGUUUGAGGAAGGUGGGCUUGCUUUGUUAUGCCUAACCCCUCUGAAGUGAAAUCAAGGCAAGCAUUGAUGUCAAGAAAUGUCGUCAGGGUUUGACAUUGUGGGUGUGAGGAAAUAUGCACGUAUUACGUCGCAUUUUGAAUGACCAGCUUGCAGGAACAUCCACACGUCGGUGCUGUUUAAACGUGAAGCAUGCACAGUGUAUAGCGUUCUCUAACUCGGGUGUUGCAGAUUGUACUCUGGUAGGUCGACCCAGAUCGUAUGAUAAUCAUCACACAUUGCCUAUUUUUGUGCACUAUGCAAAUUCUGUUUCAGUGGCUGUAAAACGCAUCGGUCAUUUCAGAUAAUUACGUUUUUUUCUACCUUUAUGUUCUACAGUUCAGUUUGCAAAAUUAUAGUUUUUCCUGUAAUUGCUUGUCAUUGUUUCUCAGUUUAUUUUAUUUUAUGGAGUAGUUUUCUUUGUAAGCAGGACCAAAGAAAUGAUAUUGGUACAAAGUUUAGAUAUGAAAACACAUUUGCCUUGCAUGGGAAGGUCAGUUGUCAAUUGGAAUAACUUACUGAGGGGGUCCAAACUAGUUGCCCACCCCUUUCCAAACUCCGAGCGUUCGCCUUAGCUGCUGGAUCAACCCACAAAAAGGUGAAGUGGAUGGAUUGGCUUAUAAUCCUAUUUAAGACAGAAGGAAUUAAGUUGGUUCAGAAUUGAAUUGCAGUAGGAGUAAUCGAGAAGUAUAUUUAUUCUCAUUAUCAGUCCAUGUUUUUUCCAGCUUAACGGCCCAGCUUUUUCUCUCCUGCUCUCCUUAUCUAAUUAUGAAACCAGACCACAGACAAUCAGGCACUUGCAGGGGUUUAAAAUGAUGUUAUAUCUCAGAGUUCAGAGACAGGAACACAAACUGUAGUUUUUAAUAACUGUAAUUAUUUCCAUGUAUUCAUGAUGCUACUGCAACAGGUCUUUCUACCCUCGACCGACUUCCAAAUUUAUGCAACUUAUUUUACCUUAUUUGUUACAUAAUGUGAUUUAUAUUCAUUUUUACGUUGUAAUUGUGUUGAUAAUAUUGAUUUCUGUAAGGCCUUGGUUCCUUUUCCUGCUGUUUUCCCAGCUGAUUUCCUUCGCAAAAUGGUUUACCAGAACAAUUUGCUAGAAGUCUUGCAUUCUGGGCAGCAGUGUUGGUCCUAGUAAAUGUCAAUAAGACCUUUUGUUCAUUUUCAUAGCCUUUUCCUUUUAGAAGUAGCAAAUGAAACUGUUUAAAGUUUGGUAAUGAAACUAUCAUGGUGCAAGAUCUGUUCUACCUACUUCACUUUCCUUCAGUCCUUUUGCACAUUUUUUUUCAUUCUCGAUUGCUUGAAUGGGUGGUUUAUUCAUUUUCUUUGAUUCUGUUCUUUUGGUUUUCUUAGAAAAUUAUGUAAUUACCAUACUAUGCAUUGCUUGUUAUAUAAGAAGGACUGAGAGAGACAAAGUACACCCUUAACCAGAACAACUAUAAAAGGCUUCACUGAAUUUCGCUUUUAUGGCAAGAGUCUUAUUUUUGAUGUGGAACUAACCACAGUUUAGAUUCGGUUAGAAAGUGUGUUUCAAAUUGAGCCUUCAACUUUUGAUAAUUGAUAAGACAGGGUUUUGGGUGUGGUGUCAUUCUCUCUCAUUCCUUGAACUUUUCAUAUGUAUCUGUCACAUAUAUGUAUACAUAGUGAUAUAUCUGUAUGUUUAAAUCUAUUUAUAGGGUGCCUUGUGCAGAUUGGGUUUGUUUUAAUUUCUAAAGGGCUCUUUUAGUCCAACUGACGGGCACGGGCAUACUUGCCUUCUCCUCAUUUAGCGAUGCUCAGUGUUAAAUAUUAAUCUGAUAUUUUGCUCCAGACCCGCCAAUUUAUAGCAGUUCCACUCAUUUGUUGUUCUUAAAAAUUGCCGAGUGCUUAGUACUGAGUACUCUUUUUUAGAUCUUUUAAACCUUCUGCAAUCCAUGACUGUCUUUUAUGUAAUCUGUGUACAGGAGUCCACUCAUUACAGGCAUUCCAUUGCUGUCUGUCUAUAUAAAUGAUUAUGCAAGGACUAUUCUGUGUAUUUGGGCUUUGAUUUUA